CAGUUAGCGCUAUAUAAAGCCGGAGCCAAGCAAAGGGCAGCUCACUAGCACUCAGGGCAUCCAGCCAGACAGCCAGAGCAGGACUGCUCACCCCUGCUCACCCCUGGACACUUUGCGAUUCUUUACCCUUGGAUAUUUGCUCUUUAUUUCAAUACAAAUACACCUUUUCUCUAAACCUGGACUCUUUUUUAUAUUUGGGAAUUUGACAUUUUUGGGGGGUUAUAAAAAAAUAUAUAUAUAUUUUGAUUGGGAGAAAAUGCCAGCUGAUAUGAUGGAGAAAAAUUCUUCUUCACCCGUGGCUGCUACCCCAGCCAGCAUGACCAGCACCCCGGAUAAACCCAAAACUGCAUCUGAACACAGAAAGUCUUCCAAACCGAUAAUGGAGAAGAGAAGGCGGGCAAGGAUUAAUGAGAGUCUGAGCCAGCUCAAAACCCUCAUCUUGGAUGCCUUGAAAAAAGAUAGCUCGAGACACUCCAAGCUGGAGAAGGCUGAUAUCUUGGAGAUGACAGUGAAGCAUCUUCGGAACCUGCAGAGGGUUCAGAUGACUGCUGCUCUAAGUACAGAUCCAUCAGUACUUGGGAAAUACAGAGCUGGAUUCAGCGAGUGCAUGAAUGAAGUUACAAGGUUCCUGUCUACUUGUGAAGGAGUCAACACAGACGUGAGAACCAGGCUCCUGGGACAUCUGGCUAACUGCAUGAACCAGAUCAACGCCAUGAACUACCCCACACAGCCACAGAUCCCAACCACAGCUGGAGCACACUCCACUUUUGGACAGCCCUUGGUCCAGCUCCCAGGAGGUGCUCCUCAAGUCAGCCCUGCUCCUUUGGGUGGGGUUCCAUGCAAGAUGGGUGGUCCUCCUGUAGAAGCUGGCAAAGUCUAUGGUGGCUUCCAGCUGGUGCCAGCCUCAGAUGGACAGUUUGCCUUUUUGAUCGCAAACUCAGCCUUUCCACACAACGGAUCUGUAAUCCCAGUGUACACCAACUCCAGUGUGGGCAAUGGACUACCACCAAGCGCAGUGUCGCCCUCUGUAAUGCCCUCAGUCAAUGCAGACUCAGUGUGGAGACCUUGGUGAGGAAGGAUGAACUUUGAAGGACUUUCUUAUAGGAAGCCAUACUAGUUUUAUAGAGUAAGCCAUCAUUUUGUAUAAUGAGGACUGGUCUGUAAAUGGGAGAUGUUCAUAUUGAAUGCACAUAUUGAAUGUAUUAUACGAUUUCAUUUUUAUAUUUCGUUUUGUACACGAAAUAAUGGUUUCAUAUGAUGCCAAAGACAUGGAAUUUAUGCUCUUAAAAUUUCUUCCUAUUUUUGGGAAGUGUUACUUGUACUUAAUAAAACUGCACAUUGUAUUUUCA